CACGCCAUUAAACCCUUUCACAGAUCAAUUCUAUAUUACAGUUAGGCCCCUAUCUAUCUAUCUAUUUGUUUUUCCCAUUUUUUGUUUACGUACACAGAGAAGUAUACAUAUUCAUGCACUCACAUGGCCAAUAAUCCUGCUAACGUGCGCCAAGAUGACCCACAGCCACAAGUUGCGGCGCCCGGCCUCUCCAUACAAGUGCCUGAACCUUCUUUUCCAACCGAUGUGCGCCAGGAGGAGACAACGCCACGUCUUUCUGCUCCCAGUGCCACAGCCUUUGAAGACCCGUCUCCCAGGCCCCUACCAUCUCCAGGCGGGUCAUCAGGGCAACAGGCCUCCGGUGGGAGUCCGAAAUAUCGGGGAGUGCGGAGCCGGAGCGGGAAAUGGGUGUCCGAAAUAAGGGAGCCACGUAAGACUACGCGUAUUUGGCUCGGUACGUACCCGACUCCGGAGAUGGCAGCCGCCGCCUACGACGUGGCCGCUCUGGCCUUGAAAGGCCCCGAUACCUCUCUGAACUUCCCGAAUUCCAUCCUUUCGUACCCUAUACCGGCUUCGACAUCGGGGAGCGAUAUUCAAGCUGCGGCGGCCAGUGCGGCGGAGGCUAUGGCACGGAAGAUGGAGACGUCGGAGAGUACUGAAGGAAAGCAGGAAACAACGCCCUCGGAAAAUAAGGAUAUGACGAUCAGCAGUAGCAGUACUCAGGUGGGCGAGGAGUAUAUCGACGAGGAAGCGCUCCUGAACAUGCCGAAUUUGCUGGUGGACAUGGCGGAGGGAAUGCUCGUGAGCCCGCCGAGGAUUGAGUCGAAGUCUUCGGACGACUCAGAUGGAGAAGAAUUAUGGAGUUAUUCCUAAGAUGGCACAUGAAAUCUGAAGAAGGAAACAUAUAUAAAUAUAUAUAUCGUCGCUCGCCACUUCAGGUAAUGGUAUUCAUGGAAAAGUUUUAGUAUUUUCCAUAUCGUGUGUGGUUUUCUCUCUCUUUUUUGUUGUUGUUGUUUCCAAUUAAGUUUUCAAAGUGCUUUCCUACAUUUUGGUUGAUCUGGUUCUGAACUACCGCAGCAGUUGCGUUAGCUAGUAGGUAGAACUAGUGUUGAUUUUGCUGCUGUCUUGGUGGUUGUGUUUUUGUAUAUACAAAUAUCAAGAGCUUACAUUUCGACCUUCUCA